AUGAGCAGUUCUGCCGAUUCAACCUCGUCUCAGUUCCUCCACGCCGCGCCUCUCCCCGGCCUCCUCAACGGCAAGCCCUUCCACGGCUCCGCUUCGUACGUUGUCAAGGACCCGCACAACCCGUCCAAGACGCUUCACCAGGUCUCGUCCAUCACCGUACAGGACGUCCCUGCCGUGAUUGACGUCGCCCAGAAGGCGUUCAAGUCGUGGAAGAACUCGUCCGUCAUCGAGCGACGCAACAUCUUCAUCAGAGCUGGACAGAUCCUGCGCGAGCGGAUCCCCGAGCUUGCCAAGAUCGAGUUUGAGGAGACGACGUCGAGCGAGGGAUGGGCUGGGUUUGAGAUGACUUUGGCGGCCGACUCUAUCGAGGAGACCGCUGCCGCGGCAACGAACGCACUUCGCGGCGAAAUCGCUACGACCGACUCGCACCAGCGGGCGUACAUCGAGCGAUGCCCCUACGGUGUCGUGCUCGGUAUGGCGCCGUGGAACGCCCCGCUCACCCUCUGCCAGCGCGCUGUCCUCCAGCCCAUCAUGGCUGGAAACACGGCGAUUCUCAAGACUAGCGAGAUGAGCCCUCGCACGCACAUGAUUCUCGCCGAGGUCAUGCAGCAGGCUGGUCUUCCUGCCGGUGUCCUCUCGAUCGUUCACGUCGCUCCCGAAGAUGCGCCUGGCGUCGUCGAGGCCUUCAUCAAGCACGACGCUGUCGGCAAGGUCAACUUCACCGGCUCGACGCGUGUCGGCUCGAUCGUCGCCUCGCUCUGCGGCAAGUACAUCAAGCCUGUCGUCCUCGAGCUCGGCGGCAAGGCGCCCGCGAUCGUCUGCGAAGACGCCGACCUCGAACUCGCCGCAAACGCAAUCAAGUUCGGCGGUCUCUUUCACUCGGGCCAGAUCUGCAUGGCGACGCAGACGGCAAUCGUCCACGAGUCGGUCGUCGACAAGUUCCUCGAGCUCUUGACCGACAAGUACCCUCGCGCUUCUGCCGACCCGACCGACGGCGCCGCCCUCCGUGGCUUGUUCACCACCGUCAGUGCAAACCGCGUCAAGGAGAUUGUCGACGACGCACUCAGCAAGGGCGCAAAGAUUGUCGCGGGAGAGCACAAGGUCGAGGGCAACGUUGUCCAGCCGGUCCUCCUCGCGAACGUUACCGAAGAGAUGCGCGUGUACCGCGAGGAGAUGUUCGCGCCCGUCUUCAGUGUCCUGACCUUCAGCGACUACGAGAAGGCGAUCCACUACGCCAACGACCACGACUACGGCCUCGCCGCCUCCGUCUUCUCCAAGGACAUCGACCGCGCCUAUAAGCUUGCGAAGGACGUGAAUGCUGGUCUCGUGCAUUGUAAUGCGCCGUCCGUGGCUGAUCACCCAACCAUUCCGCACGGGGGUUGGAAGAAAUCGGGCUUUGGGCGUUUCAACGGACUAGUCGGGAUUCGCGAGUUCUGCCAGCUCAAAACGAUCACUAUUGAUGAGAAGGCGACAUACCCUGCCCCUUCAGCAUGA